AUGCAGAAAAUACUUAUUCAAAGUCUAAUAAUAUAUUUUUCUAGUGUUAUUGGUAACCCAAUAAACCUAAAUGGACUUUUAUUACCUGGAGAGUAUGAAUACAUAGACCUAACAAAUCCAUUCGACGAAAAUACAAUUUACUGGCCGGGAAUACAGAAAUUUGAAUUUACGAAAAAAGUUACAAUACAAAGUGGAAAUUUAUACGCUGCAAAUGAAUUUGCAACGGCAGAACAUGGAGGCACACAUUUAGAUGCACCAGCUCACUUUGACAUAAAUGGUAAAUUUGUAGCAGACAUUCCCAUAUCAAAACUGAUAGUUCCACGCUUGAGCGGCGAAGUCAUGGAAUGGAUAACGACGUCAUAUAAAAAUGUGGUGGGCGUUGGUGUGGACACAUCUUCAAUCGACCCUGGUUCAUCUACAGAGUUCCCUGCCCAUAGAAUAGGAUCAGCUGCUGGACUGUAUAAUAUAGAAAGCAUAAAUUUAUCGCGGCCUAUACAGGAAUACGGCUGCACUGCUCUUGUGAUGCCUAUGAAAAUCUCCCAAGGAACUGGUGCGCCCGUGCGAAUUGUAGCUAUUUGCCCUAAAAAACCUCCAACUGAAUUUUAG